CGAUGAUGCCACAGCAGCAAGUAUUUUGUUCAAAUUUUUGCUGUUAGCUAGUGUUUAUUAAACUACUACGCAAAAACAAAAUAAACAAAAAUAUCAUUGAAGACAAGAAAGAAAUUGUAUCAUUUAUCUCAAUUAUUAUAUAACCUAUAUUCAAUUUAAAAAAUUGGGGUACGAUGUUCUCAACGAAACAUCUCGUGAAAUCAACCUUACUUUAUGGACCGGCAGAAUUAAGCAAAUCUUUUAUGUUUGAGGCAGCAAUUUACUGGGCCGAAGAAGGACGCCGCGUCGUUUACAUUACACCAGCUCCGUUGGAAAGCCUGCCGGCAGCCUGUCACGACAGAAGUAAUCCAGCACCCGCGGCUUUCAAGCUGAUGAGAUUUAUGUACUUGGAGAAUUACGAGGCCCUUAUCGAACGACUUGUCGAAUUGCACACGUUUACAACCUUGCCUUCUGUCCUCCUGAUCGAUGACUUCGACACCUAUGCGAACGACUACAAAGAGACCGAUGCGCCUCAAGCCACACAUAUCGCCAAAUUAUGUUCGAUAAUCCUCGACGCGAUGAAUUCCUGUUCACGAAUAUUAAAAAACAGUGUGUACGUGUGCGCAUGGUCCUCCACAGCGAUGAACGACAUCAGCACCUACAUGAUAUACUUUCAGAACAUUUGGAACAUUAAGAACGAAGACGACAGCAAGACGAUUUUACUGCAAAAAUACUCGAAUGAAGCGUCCACCGAAAAAUGUCCAUCUUACAGAUAUUCCAGGCUUCAAGAUGACACGAGGGUCUUGAAACAGGUUCUUUAUGAAUCCAGCGACAACUAAAUCUACAUUAUUCAAGAAAGAUCUUUGUUGAAAAGAAUAGUUUAUAUGAGUAUCUGGAAUUUGUGUCCUUGAGACAUAUUGAAGCAGCAUGAUUACACACGUUUGUUUUACUUCUGUAUACCCCCGGCGAAUUAAACUCGCAGAGCUUCAACGGCGAUAUUACAUUUGCAUAGUGGACACGUUUCAUAGCAACACGCUAGCCCAUAUUAACCCGUCUAUUAGAACAACUUUGAUACUUGCAUCAUCCAGUCUAGUACACACGUUUCCCUAACAGCAUAAUGGAUUAGGGGAAUUCUGGAACGAUUCAUAUUUACCAGUACUUUUCUCCUUUUUGCUAUUAGUUUGUAAGAAAUGUUAAAGCUAAAGGAUAUGAUUUUUAUA